AAAGCAUUAAAGUUUUAUUUCGGAAAACCUCAUUAAUAUGUCAGUUUAGUUUUUUUAUGGAAACCCUUAUCACUAAGUCACAAUGAUUAAAAAUUUGUUAUAUUUAAAAGAAUAAUUUUGAUUUAUUAACUCUUUGCAUAUUUUCAUAAAUAAUUAAACUUUAAUUAAGACUUAGUCCAAAUAUUAAAAAUGUAUAAUAAAAUAAUUUGAAGACGAAAUGUUUUUACACACCUUUAAUAUGAGUGUGAAAGUGGCUCUCAAGUUACAGGUGCGGCCGGCAAAAAAAGCAGAAUAUCUCCCUGCCAUUUCAUAUUUCAACACAAAUUUUAGCAUUUUUCGUUGUCCAGCCAUUUCUAGCCAUAUUAAAGUUAGUAAAUCAGUUGGCAAAUGAAAUUACUUGGCGGAGGUUGUUUACAAAAUCCAGCUCACUCAAAGGAAUAUGGAAUAUUGUUCAUUGUUUAAUUUGGAAAAUCUGAGCAUUCUUGUCGCCAGCAUCAAUGCCUUGGUCUAUUUGGUGCUAUUGAUGUAUGACGUGAUAUUCUUGAAUGAAGAAUAUAAGAAGUCAGCUCACAGCAGUGAUUUCAGUGGAAAAUACGCUGUUCAUUGCGAAAUUAUCCUUCUAUUGGUAUUCGGUAUUGGACUAUGUUCAUCGGUGUUAUACCUCAAAGGUAUGCGGCAGAAAAACCAUGGCUUAAUGAAACCCCUUCUCUAUAUGACAACUAUUUGCAUCGGCUUUGCAAGCGUUUCAUUCCUUUGUUUCUACUGUGCAGCACUUGUGGGGAGUUUGGAGUACUUCAAUGUCAUCAUUAUGGGCUUUAGUUAUUUUUUGGCCAUAGGUAUUUUCGUCUUAUUUUCCACACCAUUAUUUCAGAUAUAUCAACGAAUGCGUCAACGAGCACUUUAUCCAUUUAAUCGGACCAUUCGGCAUUCGGAGAAACCAGUAGAACAAUUAAACCAAUAAAGCUGAAAUUUGAUGAGCCACAGUGGAAAUUAACAUCAAAUUUGAUUGUUAAUUUUUAAACCGCUUUAAUUGAUAAUAUAUUUUUGAAAUAAAAAAUAAUUAAUUUAAUCAAAUGUGAAUGUCAGAAUAAAUGCAUUCAAUUGACAUUAAUA